AUUAUUUUGUAGGGAUGGGCUGUUUGUGAAUUCAACGAACACUCACUGCAAUAUCAGCACUCUAUCGGUACUUUAUAUUAAAGUACUGCGUGCACAUCAAUGACUGGAACUUUACAGAUGUGUCACAAAUAGUUCUUUACAUUUAUUUUACAUUAUAACCACGCAUUGUUUUGAAUUCCCACCCUCUGUACAAGUGUACAGUCCCAAAUCGAAGAUGGCGACUGCCAGGCAGGGCAUGUUUUUACGUUAUUUGAGGAAUUUUACUCAAAUUUCUAGCUGUGCGUCGCACAUUAGGCCUUCUAGAUGUCUGAGUACCACAUUAGCUCGAGAUGCCAAGACACCUCAAUCAACCCCUGGCAACAACCUCCACGAAACCGCCGAACGUGAUUACUGGGAGAUCCCGCAAAGAGAAGGACAACCCAGUAAGUUCAUCAGUCCCGAGUUUUUCCCACCAAAACACAGACCGGGAAGAAGAUCCAAGCUUAGAGACUAUUUAGAGAGAAAAGAUAUGCUGAGAAGACGAAAAGUAAUCGAUAUUCCAGAGUUUUAUGUUGGGAGUAUUUUAAGGGUGACUAUGUCAGACCCAUGUGCACCUGGUAAAAAGAACACAUUUGUUGGUAUUUGUAUAAAACGAGGAGGUUUCGGCUUAGGAGCAACCAUCACCCUCCGUAACGUAAUUGAGGGGCAAGGUAUAGAAAUAUGCUACGAGCUUUAUAACCCUUUACUAUUGGAGAUAGACGUCAUACGGUUGGAAAAACGCCGAGAUGCUCAUUUGCUGUAUUUGAGGGAUGCCCUACCCCAGUAUAGUACAUUUGACCACGAUAUGCCAACAGUAAAACGUGGGGCCAAUGACCCAGUCCCAGUUAAUGAUACAAAGGUGCGAAUGAAGCCAAGACCAUGGAGUAAACGAUGGGAGAGGCUACACAUCAAUGGUAUUGACUUUUCUAAAGUUACUCUCAGGCCAAAAGACAUUAAAGCAGCAGAAGAAUGGCAAGCAGACUGGAGAACUGAGGACUUUGCGAAAAAAUAUGAACAACCGAUUGAUCUCGUGGAACAAAUAAGGAAAGAACUUGACGAAUGGGAGGCAGAUGUGAAGCAAUGAUAAAUGCUUAAAUCUGAUGCAAAACAGAUUCUGAUCUAGUUGUCAGGUGUUAUUAACGAGAAAGCACCCAUAAUGUUGUGACUUGAUUUUGACUUUCAUUCCUGACCAAAGCAAGACAGAAAUGGAUUGCAUGGGUGGAUUAUCUGAGCUAUAUUUUUGUGUGGUACAAAGAUAGUAGAAAACGUUUCACAUUAUGUAUUUCCAUGGAAACUCAAACAAAUAGUUGUGAUGCAUUAAUGGGUAGGUUAAAAUUCACAAAAUA